UUGCGAGCGCCGGGCGGGCGAGCGGAGCCGCCCCGGGGCCAGGUGCGGGCAGAGGCCGGGAGCAGAUGGCAGCGCCGGGGCUCGAAUGCCACGGGAGCUCGGCUUCCCCGGGACAUGCCAUUCGGGAGAGAAAAGUAACUUAAGGCGGCCGCAGGCGGGGUCGGUGAUGUAACAGGAAGCUCUGAUGUUUCGCUGCUGCCGCCGCCGCUCCGCGCUGCCCUCGGACACGCUCCCGGCGCUCCCGCAGCAGCGCCGCUCCGCCGGGACAGCCGCGCUCCGGAUCGCACCCGCCGGGCACCGCUCUCGGCUGGCUGUGGAGGGACCGGGCGAGACAGCUCCGCUCAGCUUUGUCUGAGACAGCUCCGCACACAGCUUUAUCUGAGGUAGCUCCGCGCAGCUUUAUGAGAGACAGCUCCGCACACAGCUUCAUCUGAGAUAGCUCCGCUCAGCUGUGUCUGGAAACGCUCAGGCAGGAGCUCGGCGUGUUUGAGUUCAUUCAGCUACAACGUAAGAUUGACUGCACCAGAUAUAAAAAUGACAAAAAUCUGGAUCACAUUUUUGCUGCUCUUCUUAUUGGUUACUAUGUUUUUUGCCACUGCUUCUCCAGCUGAGGGACAACAGAACUCCACAAUCGACAUUGUCCAGCUGAGUGUUACCCGGAAUAAAAUCAUGACAGCACAGUAUGAAUGCUACCAGAAGAUUAUGCAAGACCCUGUUCACAAGAAAGAAGGUCCUUACUGCAACAGGACCUGGGAUGGCUGGCUGUGCUGGAGUGACGUUGCUGCCGGAACCGUGUCGGUGCAGCGCUGUCCUGACUACUUUCAGGAUUUCAACCCAUCAGAAAAAGUUACGAAGAUCUGUGAUCCAAAUGGGAAUUGGUUCAGACACCCAGAAAGCAACAGGACCUGGACAAACUACACCCAGUGCAAUAUCUAUACACAUGAAAAAGUGAAGACUGCUCUGAACUUGUAUUACUUGGCCAUCAUCGGACACGGACUUUCAAUUGCAUCACUUCUGAUUUCUCUUGGCAUUUUCUUUUAUUUUAAGAGCUUGAGUUGCCAAAGGAUUACCCUGCAUAAAAAUCUGUUUUUCUCUUUUGUUUGCAACUCUGUUGUAACAAUAAUUUCACUGACGGCCGUUGCCAACAACCAGGAAUUAGUUGCAACCAACCCAGUUAGUUGCAAAGUGUCACAGUUCAUCUACCUGUACCUGAUGGGUUGCAACUACUUUUGGAUGCUGUGUGAAGGCAUUUACCUGCACACACUGAUUGUGGUGGCCGUUUUUGCUGAGAAGCAGCACUUGAUGUGGUAUUACCUUCUUGGCUGGGGUUUUCCACUGAUCCCUGCCUGCAUACAUGCUGUUGCAAGAAGCUUAUAUUAUAAUGACAAUUGUUGGAUCAGCUCUGACACUCAUCUGCUUUACAUCAUCCAUGGCCCUAUUUGUGCUGCUCUCUUGGUGAACCUUUUCUUCCUGCUGAACAUCGUUCGUGUUCUCAUAACCAAGCUGAAAGACACCCACAAGGCUGAGUCCAACCUGUACAUGAAGGCAGUGAGAGCCACCCUGAUUCUUGUCCCUCUCCUCGGCAUCGAGUUUGUGCUGUUCCCAUGGCGACCCGAGGGCCGGAUCGCCGAGGAGGUGUACGACUACGUGAUGCACAUCCUCAUGCACUACCAGGGUCUACUGGUGGCUACAAUUUUCUGCUUCUUCAAUGGUGAGGUGCAGGCUGUGCUGAGGAGGCACUGGAACCAGUACAAGAUCCAGUUUGAGCACAGCUUCAGCCACUCGGACGCCAUGCGCACGGCCUCCUACACCGUGUCCACCAUCAGCGACGUGCAGGGCUACGGCUACGGCCACGACUGCGGCGGCGAGCACCUCAACGGCAAGGGCUACCACGACAUGGACAGCGUGGCACUCAAGACUGAGAAGCUCUACGGCUGAGGGGCUGCCCCCUGCCCUGUGCCAAUCCACGGCUGAUCCAGCGACUUCAUGGCCAGAAGAUCUCACCUACCUUGGGAUAUGUUGUUCUCCUGGAUGAUGCGAACUAAACCAACACGUUUCUCGUAUAUGUGUGUGUGUGUGCAUAUACACACGUGCGUAUAUACUUAGGUUUGUAUUUGUGUAUCUAUACAGUAUGGACAUCUGUACAUAUAUAUCUAUAUAUGUAUGUGCAUUUAUAUAAGGAUACAAACUUUGCCUCUUCAGUUUCUACUGUGUAGACAAAGUUGGCAAAUUUUUGUACAAAGGGAAUCAAUGAAGGAUUUCUUAUUUUCUUGGAAGUUUGUAUAAGACUGUGCUGUGUUGAAGCCACUUCGUUUGCCUACAGAAUCUUAGAGUGUAAAUACCAUACUCUGUUGUCUUAAUUCAAUUUAAAAUAGAGCAAAGCAAAAUGGUUUAAGUAGGUGCAAUAAUAACAAGACAUUUUCCAGGUUCUUUUUUUUGGUCCAGUAUUCGUUUGGCUGUCAAAAAAGCCUGACAGGUAGUCUGAAGUAACAAAGAUAGAUAGAUACUGCUGUUUUGGUUAAAGAGAUUGAUGUUUUGCUUUGGUUUGGCCAGUUUGUUUUCUUCCCACUGUUUUACACCAAGGACAGAGACACCACUUCCAGUGUGAGCCUUCAUGCACUUCUGUACUGCAAUGUACUGUCUUGCACCAAGAUUUGAACAAUUUUAUUUAAGCUAUUUCAGGAUAUUCAGAAGUGUCUCCUUCUCCUGAAUUCAUGGAAGUUUCUUCUGGAUUUAACAAAGACAAGACUGAUGAGGCCUCACUGCCAGAGAGCAAAGGAGUAACCUGAGUCACUGUAAGUCCCUCCAGACACUCGUAGUAACUGCAGCUGGUGGAACUUCAUUGUGUGCUUAAGGAAUUUAACUUAAGGAAUCUUCAACUGGAGAAGAUCACGUACAGAAUUCCUUGUGGCAUUGUUCUGAUUUUACUUUUAUGUAUUUCCCUGGCCAUAUGCUUGAUAACUUAUUCCUUCAUUCUUGGGGCAAAGUUUUGGUUAAUUUUGUGGCUGUUUUUGUUGUCUGAGGUGAGCGUGCAAGACUGAGCACAGUGCACAUGAUAUACUACCUUUAAAGCCAGUAUAUGAGACUCAGACUCAGCAAGCCAACUAACUCUCAUUAUUUGGAAAAUCCAGUAUAAGUUUUGUAUUACAAAGGUUCAACACUUUAUGCCUUGAGGAUUUCAAUAUUAUUUUGGAUUGCUUGAGUCUAAAUCUCUGUCUCAGUUAAUUAGCUAAGAGCAGUACUUUAUAUGUUUUUUCUUUGGUUCUGCUGGUGCAUAAAGGUCUCACUGAAAACUAGGAGGUUGUCAGGAAGGUCUUGAGAAAAUGUGGCUUUAUAGAAACUUAUAUUUUUCUUAAAUCUUUAGGCUUUAAAGAAAUAGCAGUUUUGUUAAGUGAAAUGACAAAAAUGCUCAAGAAUGAGGGCAUGAAACGAGGUGAGUUCACUGAUUAUACAUGUCAUUUGCAAAUAAGUCUACUUGAAAUGGGGAAAAACCAAAAUUAGGCAGAAGAAAAAGUAGAUGCUGGAACUGUGACAGACUGUUUUGCUAAUGAACCUAUUUCUGAUGCAGGUAGUCCAGUCAAAAAAUUGGAAGACAGUUCUUUCUGAGACUAGUUUGAAAUAAUUUUGCAUACAAAAUUAUACAAGCCACCUUGACUUUGACAUUUAAACAUUUUUGUCAGUAGCUUUUCUCUACGCUUCAGUAGUGUCUAGGUAAUUUUCAGUGUUUAUUGCUUUGUGACUUCAUAAGGUGUUUAAUGCUUUAUACUUACAAAGCAAACAUUAGGAGGACGUGGCAAGUUCAUGCCACUUGCACCUUUCUUUAGUUUUUUUUUACAGUUCUUAUGUCUGGACUUUGAAUAUAGAAAGUGUUUUAUUACUGAUACAGUUUCACAACAGAGAAUCUCAGCUAGGAUGCACAAAUGAAGAUUUCCCCUUUUCUGCAGGGCUGUCUGGUCAGUUGAUGGGGAUGAUCUGAAGAAUCUGUUCGAUUGCGUAGUGUGAGAUCUGGCAGUCAGAUGACACAGUCUCUUAAAUGUUAAGGGUGACAGUAACAACGUCUGCUACAACAUGACUAGAGGUUAUUUGCAAAGCUGCUUGCUGAUCUUUGUUACUUAACAUUUGUGCCAUGUUCAGAGGAUAUCAGUAGUGCAGAAAAUCCCUGCUCCAGUGUAGCAGCUUUACAUUUGUGGGACCAGAUCAUCAGCUGGUAUAAAUCUGUCUUGAGUUCCCUUUGCACAGUCUGCACGUACCACUGAGACUCAAAGCCCAGACAAGAGUCUGUCCAUUUAAAAUGUGCUGUAAACCAUUUAUGGCACAUUAUUAGACAAUUAUUUCAUGGUACCUGGUGGAUUGUUGUUGCAAUUAACACAUAGAUGUUGGUUUAGAGUGUGAUAGAGUAUAACUAAGCUUCAUUCUCAGAGAGGCAGUUCAAAUUUAACAGACUACAGAUUUUGUCAUUUAAUAUAUAUUUCUAUUAGAGAAACGUGUAAUUAUAAUUUAGGAGGGAAAAUUGGUUUUGUACAGAAAUUACCUUACUUCUAGGUGGAUAAUCACAGCUUCCUUCAAGGCACAAACCCUCCCAUCUUCGCUUUGGAAAAGAAACACAGCCAGCUGGAUGUGCAAGGAAAUCUUUCUGGCUGUGAAGGGUCACAUGGUGUAGCAGAGCUGUAUUUUCCCCUCUCCUGCUGAGGUUAGAUAAUCUGUUUCCUAAUUUGCAUUGGAAAAUACCAAUUCCUUAUUUUGUCUUCCUACCUCACCUUUUUUCAGUUUCUACACAGCUGAGAGAAGGGGCUGCUUCUUAAAAUGUUUUUCUGUCACCAUAAGGUAAAAUCAAAUUCUUAUGCUGAUUUCUCAUGGCUCUCUUCUACUUCACAGAAUGUUGCAGUCCAUAGCUGUCUUCUCUGGGAUGAAAGUAAACUCUCUUUUGGUGGGGCUGUGAGAUUCCUUUGAACAUGCAGAUUAUUACUUGUUUAGUACCUGUUCUUCUUUGCUGUUUCUUUAUUUUUAAUUUAGUGAGGAUUUAUUGUAUCAAUCUACAGGGGCUACAGCAAUAGUUGUCUUAUAUUUUUAUCUGUAACACCAGCAUGUUAUGAUUCAAUGAGAGAAAAUGUCUAUUUUUAAUGCUACUGUCUUCAAUUAAUAAAUGGCUGCAUUGCAGGGUGCCUCAGUUGGUUUUUUAAUGUUGGCAUUUAUGUUAUUCAGUUUUUCAUGGUGGUGAUCUACAAAAGUAUUUGGCUGUAGAAAUGCUGCAACACGUACUCCUUUUGAUGUCAAGAAACAUUUGGGCUGGCAACCAGGCAACAUUCAUUUAUUGUCCUAUGUAAAUAAGAUUAAUAGAAGCUAUGGCAUUGUAUUUAUUGCUUACACUAAGAAGAAAAUGGAAAAAAUGUGAAGUUAUUUUUUUGGUUGUUUCAUUUUCACCUUGUUCAUAUGAAUCAUGCAUUUUAAUUGCUAAGAGAAGUAUUGUUUCUGAUCAAUAAAAUAUUACUCCAUUUA